AUGAAUCCAUAUAAUCGUUUUAGUAAUCUACCAUUCAUUAUACCAUUAGAAUUCUAUGUUGAAGCAAGUCAGGCAUGUUUUAGAAACUAUGAAAAGAGGAAUAUAUCAGAAUCCUAUGAUGUUAAAACAGCAAAACAUCAUCAAUUCUUGUUCAUUCCUGAUGAUUCUGGUAUUGGAAAGACAAGAGCAGGAGAGGAAAUCGCCAAUAUUCCAGUAGACAUUUUGUCUAGUGUUUGUCAAGGUGAUCAAGACUUUAUCUCGGCAAUGAGAGAUCCAAUCUAUUGCUACGUCAACCUCAACAACUCUAGUGGUCACUCUUUAUGUGAAUACAUUGACAAGAAAGAAAGAGAGUAUCGAAUGGGUGCUCGUAUUGCUCUUUCACAAGACCCAACUUGUAACAAUCUAUUGGAUAUUGUAAAGAAAUAUGACAAUUUUGAUUUUGAUCGUGUCAUCCAUUCAUUACUCAUUAACAAACCAAACAAGACCAAUGUGACUUCAAUCAUCAUUCAUAUCGAUAAUCAUCAACACUUUAUAGAUUCUAUUCAAACCAAGUUUGGCGAGACUCUAGAAUACGCAAAACACUCUUUUAAACAAAUGAUUGGUGUGAUUGGUGGCCACAUGCUCGGCAACACCUCCGAUAAUCAUUUUAUCGUUCCUGUACUCACUGGUACUUGCGACAAUGAUGUUCGUUUUGCAAUGGCUGAGAAUUGGACCAAAACCAUCAACCUUGAUCCACUAGAUCCAACUAAAGUCAAUCAACUUGUAGACCACUAUCUCAAAGUCAAUAAUCGACAAUUACUCGAUCAACCACAUUUUCAAAUUGCAAUUGGAGAGACAGGAUUUAUUCCAUCCAUAUUGAUCGAUUUGUUGAAAAGUGCAAACAACAAUCAAUUACCACUUGGAUACCAAGAAUCAACCUAUCAACUAUAUGUUGACAAAUGGAAUUUGGUGAUGCAAAAUCUGGGCAAAAAUUUGAUUCAAAAGUAA